GCCUCCAACAACAAAAAAAAAUAACUUGGAGGCGAGAGUUAUGUAAAAUGAAAACAGAAGCGUCGACUGUGUUCAUACUCGUCAGGUCACCGUGAAUUCAAAUCGUCGCCGGGAUUUCGCCGGGAUUGCGUUUGAGAUGAUAGGCGGAGGCAGAGUUUACUGGAGAAGAAAAGCGGAUGAGGAGACGGACGCCGCAGCGGAGGAGCACGGAGGAUCCAACGGCGUCGUCGUGAUCUUCGCUUGGAGCUCGAUCAACGACAAUCAGCUGAGAAAUUACAUUGAUCUGUACUCUUCUCUCGGAUGGAACUCGCUUGUUUGCCGCGCUGAUUUUCUCACUGCGUUUUACCCGGAGAUGGCUAUGUCCCUAGCUUAUGCUCUUCUUGCUGAACUCACUGAGGAGCUAAAGAUCAGACCAUCCCCUGUAGUCUUCUUUGCUGUUUCUGGGGCUCCAAAAGCUUGCAUGUACAAAGUUUUCCAGGUAAUCCAGGCUGCUUGUGAAGGUCAUCUUCAUUUGGAUGAUAGCCAGUUGGUCAGGAAUUGUCUUUCCGGACAUAUCUAUGACUCUGGUCCACUGGAUUUUACAAGCGAUUUGGCUGCAAAAUUUUCUCUGCACCCCACCAUACGUAGAAUGUCUGGGCCUGCGAGACUAGUUUCUUGGUUGGCGAAAGGGAUUACUUCUGGCCUUGACAGUUUAUAUCUUACAAGAUUUGGAUCCCAACGGGCCGAGUAUUGGCAGGCUCUGUACGCGUCCAUUGGACUUGGUGCCCCAUAUCUCAUUUUGUGCUCGGAGAAUGAUGACCUGGCACCCCACCAUGUUAUUUCAAGCUUUGCCCAUCAUUUGCAGGAACUGGGAGGACAGGUUAAAGUUGUGAAGUGGAACAAUUCUCCUCAUGCAGGACACUACACGCAUUACCCUAUCCAAUACAGGGCCGUUAUAUCCAACUUCCUGGAAAAAGCCAUGUCAACCUACUUGCAGAAAAUUCGGCAGCUUGGAGAGAGAGCUCGAACCCACGACGAGAUACCCGAGUUAAUAUGCGGCCUCCAGAAAGCGGCCGUAAACUCUAACCAAAGCCUGAGAAGAGUGGCGACUAGGCCGAGCGACCACUUCUUCUUACCAAGCUCGGCUCCAUACCAAAGCAGUAGUACCGAACAGAUGGAUAGAUCGCCUUUCUGCUGCAUAAACGCUCACAGCGUUCUCGGGCAGUUCCUGUUCGACGCUUGUGUUCCGAAGAACAUCGAGGGUUGGGAUAUAAGAUUCGCCGGCUCCUUGAACGGUCAGCCUUACGCCUCUUCCUCCUCUCGUAAGAGUUUCAAGAAACGAGUUCUUCGUUCAAGAUUAUGACACCCGGAAAAAUAAAAUCCUUGCUAUCCGUCGUUGUGAAGAGGGACGCAAGCAAAAUGUGCUCGGGCCAGAUCGGAUUAGGGACAUUUUUUUGCGAGAAAGCACUUGGAACGUUACCUAGUAUCAUCGAGUUUGAGACAGCAGAGGAGUUUGACGAAUAACUCGAGGAAUGUACACAUGAAAUGUGAAUAGCGUAUCGACGAUAACUGCGUUCUAACAUUAUCCAAGGAAUCGGCGGACGAGGAAGACGAGCCGAAGACGAACGGUUGUGUUCGACGAAAUGUUUGUUGUAGUACAAAAACUGGGCGUAGAUUACAUAUCUAUUUGGCUAUGUGCGCGCUGUCUACACGAGGGUGUGGUAAUAAACUGUGUACUGAGCAUGCAAUGAGCUUGUGUUCGGGUUUAGGGUUUCGGUUUUUGUUUCGAAUCUCGGGUUUUGUUAGAAUGGAUAUUUCGGGUUGAGUUCGGUUGUUCUUUAGUUUAAAAUUUUCGGCUCGUUAAAUAAUUAUAUCCGUUCAAUUUUAUA